AUGACCACCUCUCUGGUGUUGAAUCCUCGCUGGGCGGAUACGGUAAUGUUUGUGUAUGAAAACAACUUGGAUGAGCUGAACAAGAACAUGGAAGGUCUGGUUGGUAGCGGCAAUUUCGCGGCCAACCAGUGCAGGAAUCUGAUGGCCCACUCGGCACUUAGUGCUCACCCUUCCAGCCUCGUGCAUGGGUCCAGCUAUUCCACCGUGGACGUAUCGACUUCGAGUUCGUCCGAAGCGAGCAAGCAGUGUACUCCAUGCCCGACGGUUCCCCAAGCCUCGUCUACCGGGCCUAUUCCUUAUGGCUACUUUGGCAACAGCUACUAUCCCUGUAGAAUGGGGCGGGGUUCCCUCAAGUCUUGCACCCAAGCGAGCGCGCUCAGCUAUUCUGCAGAGAAAUAUAUGGACACCGCGGUCACGUCUGAAGAAUACCCCAGCAGGGCCAAAGAGUUCGCCUUCUACCACGGCUAUCCCAGUCCAUAUCAAUCUAUGGCCAGUUAUUUGGACGUGUCGGUGGUCCAGACGCUGGGAACGGGGGAGCCUCGACACGAUAGUCUCCUGCCGAUGGAUAGCUACCAACCCUGGGCUCUGGCUAACGGAUGGGGAGGUCAGAUGUACUGCUCCAAGGACCAGAGCCAAGCAGGCCAUCUGUGGAAAUCUGCGUUAGCAGAUGUUGUGGCCCACCAACAUGACGGGGGCUCUUUCCGCCGAGGUAGAAAGAAAAGGAUACCGUACACCAAAGUACAGCUAAAGGAACUGGAGAAAGAGUACGCAGCCAACAAAUUCAUCACGAAGGACAAGAGGAGAAAGAUUUCUGCGGUAACCAACCUGUCCGAAAGGCAGAUCACAAUCUGGUUUCAGAACAGGAGGGUAAAGGAAAAGAAAUUUAUCGCCAAAGUUAAGAGCAGCGCGCCAUAG